AUGGACCAAAGUUUGCCGUCAAGGCCGCCAUGGGCGCUUUGGGGUGGCAGUCAGCGCGGCCUUGGCGCCGUUCUGCGAGGCGCCUUCACUGCACCGUCACCUUCCACUCGCCGCACCUCCCUGUGUGCUACGGCACAUCGAAGCCUGGGAAUGAGUGUCGCUCCCUCCAUGCGCCGUAUCGCUGCUCCCGUGUUGCUCGGCUUCGGAAUGCGCGACGGGGGGACCCACGUCGUUGAUUGCGUUGCUGCCGCUUUGCUGCCACCACCUGACGGGGGUGACGACGAUGAAGUUUCCGUCGCAGCGGUUUCCGCCGCAGCGGUUUCCGUGGCAGCGGGUUCCGUCGCAGCGGGUUCCGUCGCAGCGGGUUCCGUCGCAGCGGGUUCCGUCGCAGCGGGUUCCGUCGCAGCGGGUUCCGUCGCAGCGGGUUCCGUGGCAGCGGUUUCCGUGGCGGCGGUUUCCGUGGCAGCGGUUUCCGUGGCAGCGGUUUCCGUGGCAGCGGUUUCCGUGGCAGGUGAUCCCGGUGCUGCACAUUCCGGCGCACCAGAGUGCGGCGCAGCUGACUCCGGCGCUGCGGAGUCCAGCGCAGCAGUUUCCGGCGCAUCCGAAGCGGCACAGUCGCACGCCGCAGGGUCUGACGCACCAGUUUCCAACGAUGCAUGUUCCGACGCGCCUGACUCCCACGCUGCGCAUUCCCACGCACCAGUUUCUGACGCCGUGGCGUCUUGCUUGCAUCCCGCGGCGGCGUGA